GUGUGCACGUUCAAAGUGUUCACUGAGAAGAUGGCGAGGUUGAUGAGGAGAAGCAAUGGUGCUCUAGUGGCCCUCUCACUGGGAGUGGUUCUCUUAUGCAUGCUGGUGUUUGCUGAGGGUCGCAAGCUUAAGGAUCAGACCUUCGAUGAUGAUGACGAUGAUGGUCUUGGUGGAGGCUUAGGUGCUGGUGCUGGAGUUGGCGGUGGCAGUGGAUUUGGAGGAGGGAAGGGUGGAGGUUUUGGUGGAGGUGCUGGUGGUGGAGCUGGAGCUGGAGGUGGCGCUGGAUUUGGUGGAGGCAAGGGUGGAGGAGCAGGAGGAGGAUUCGGUGGAGGAGCUGGAGGAGGUGGAGGUUUAGGUGGCGGCUCUGGUGGUGGUGCUGGAUUUGGUGGAGGUAAAGGUGGAGGAGUUGGUGGAGGUGGAGGUUUAGGAGGUGGUGGAGGGUUGGGUGGUGGCUCUGGAGGUGGCGUCGGAUUUGGUGGAGGUAAAGGUGGUGGAGCUGGAGGUGGUGGUGGAGGGUUAGGUGGUGGCUCUGGAGGUGGUGCCGGAUUUGGUGGAGGCAAAGGUGGAGGAGUUGGCGGUGGAGUUGGAAGCGGUGGUGGAGCUGGAGGAGGUGGAGGCUUGGGUGGCGGCUCAGGAGGUGGCGGUGGAGUUGGUGGAGGUGCUGGAGCAGGAGGAGGUGGAGGCUUAGGAGGUGGUGGUGGAUUAGGUGGCGGUAAGGGUGGAGGAUUUGGUGGAGGUAAGGGUGGAGGAAUUGGCGGUGGAGUUGGCGGAGGUGGUGGAGCUGGAGGUGGAGGAGGUUUAGGUGGUGGUUCUGGCGGUGGUGCCGGAUUGGGUGGAGGUAAAGGUGGCGGAGUUGGCGGUGGAGUUGGAGGUGGUGGAGGCUCUGGCGGUGGCAUCGGCAUUGGUGGAGGUAAGGGUGGUGGUGGUGGAGCCGGCGGUGGUUUAGGUGGUGGUUUUGGUGGUGGUUCUGGUGGUGGCGUUGGAUUUGGUGGAGGUAAAGGUGGCGGAGUUGGCGGUGGAAUUGGUGGAGGUAGUGGAGCUGGAGGUGGUGCUGGCGGUGGUAUCGGUGGAGGAUUUGGAAAGGGUGGCGGAGUAGGUGGAGGUUUUGGAAAGGGCGGCGGAGGUGGAGUUGGAGGUGGUGGUGGUGAUGGUGAUGGUGAUGGAGAAGGUGGCUUUUAGGUCCCCAUGAAUGAAUAAAACACCAUCACUUCAUCUUAGCUUACACUAAAACCAGUAUGUUGGUUCUAUGUACGAGGAGCAUGUGGCUCGACGUUUGUAGAGCUUGUUGCUCAACUCUUUCCGUUAAGUUGUACCCAUUAAGCUGAAUUCCAUAAUAUAUAUCAUAGGAUAACAAAAAUAUAAUGUGAUUUUUUAUUUUCUUUUUA